UCAUACUGGAUACAGAAUGGUCUCUGAACCAUGAAGCCUGCCUGGUAAAAAAAAAUGUGUCUGCUGAUUUUACUAGCUUUAUACGAUGCGACUUGCUUGACGUGCUUCAGGAAUCCAUGUUGUGAUCGAGAAGUUAGAGAAAUGCAGGAUUAAAUGAUUUCCCGAAUGUUUUGGACGAUUGUUUCGUUCCCGUCACCCAUUUUGAGUGUGGUCAUCCUUAACAUGCUGAAUUGAAACUAUCAUCCUCAUGAACAUCGGCAUCUGAACCUACAUCAUGUUCUGGAAGCGUCCUUUUCAGUUCUUGGUUGUCACGGCAGCCUAUUCUUUCAUCCUCUCUCUCGUCUACGUCACACUCAUUUACAAACCUACCGGAGUAUUGACCGAGCCCACCUCCAACGACCACCCGCGUACCAUGCGACAAAAGCUGGAGUCGCGACGAACACAUAGGAGCAACACUCCCGUAUUGCAGACGGAUUCGACGCCGAAAUCAACACCGAAAUCAACACCGAAUUCAACACCGAAUUCAAAACCACACCUGCCUACAGUCAAACCUGCUCCUCCAGUCGUUCGCAGGGUCCAACACGAGGGGUAUAUUGACAUAUUAUCAGGGGAGCCCCUCCGACUAUUCUGCAGCUCAUGCGCCGUGGUGUCCAGCUCAGGGCAUCUGCUCAACACGAGCUCGGGGGCCGAGAUCGACGCGACCGAGUGCGUCUUCCGAAUGAACAACGCUCGUGAGGGUUUCAAAAACGACGUCGGCACGCGGACCACGCUGAGGUCGAUCGCCCACGUCAACCUUGCGAGGUCGUUCGAGAAGACGGAAAAAGCGCGCAGGGAACUGCUCCAGGAUGUGGACACGAGGAGUGAAUAUCUGCUGAUAAAUUGGAUGAACAGGGUUAAUGUUAGGAAACUACAAGACCGUGAGUACCGCUAUGCAGUUCUUCUUGCGCACCUCUACCCGGGGGUGAAGUUCUAUGCUUUCAACUCGGAUCAGAUGAGGUACGCGGAAAAGGUCUUCAGAGACGAGACGGGCCUCACAAGACAGCAAGCCAACACCUGGCUCAGUACUGGCUGGUUCACCAUGCUUGCCGCUAUGGAUAUCUGCAAUGAAAUCACAGUCUACGGAAUGGCAAAUGAUGACUACUGUUCGUCUACCAGCAAUGAAUCCCGCAGAAUACCAUACCAUUAUUACGAACCGAAUGGCAUGAAAGAGUGCGCCUACUACAACAUCAGUGAAACACGCCUAGAUGGGGGUCAUCUCUUCAUCACGGAGAAAGCUGUGUUCAGACGUUGGGCCUCGAAACAUCGAAUCACUUUCAAGCAUCCAUCAUGGGACAUUGGACCGGAAUCAGCCGAACCACUCGAUUCUCCCUUUCUACGAAGAUAUCGUCAGUUGAUGAACGAAACAAAUUACGCCAUCCGGAGCGUACGGGACUAUGUCAGGUUAGAGCGGGAAGCUCGGCGUAGAGUCCAAGCCGAGGAACGCACGAUCGAGCUGAAACACGGAAAUGAAACCUUCAUCAUUGAAAAGAAACAGUUGAUGCAGAAAGUCCUAGAACUUGUUCCCGGGGCCAGGCCCAUCACAGGCAAAAAGCCCCAGCCAAGAGCGGGGGCGAAGACCCGGAAAGAAGAGGUCAUAGUUCACAAGGGACGACCCAGAGAUAAGAGAAAUAACUCGAGGAAAAAACAGAAACAGAAACUGAAGACAAACCGAAAAGUACGGAACAUUAUGCGCAAUAAUAAUGAAAAAGUAAAAAGAUGAUAGCAGGACAAGCUAAUAUCCUACGAUUGAUACCGUCCAACAGUUUAUUAUUCUAUAUUCUUAUAGAUAUCUUUAAUGCUCUCUCGCGAAAUAUUGGACAUUCUUCAAAACAUUUGCUGCAGAGAUGAGAGACAACCGUGGUGUUGUGGUUCAUUAAACUGACUUUUGAUUGAGAGGUUGUAGGAUCGACUUCCUAUCCGAUGUUGUAUGUUGUUAUACUGUAUAAUAAAAUAUUAGGGCAAUGACCUAGAAAGUACUUUGAACAUAAUCGUUAAGACUUUCAAAAAUCAGCUCAUAGCAAUUUGUAAUAGAUAAAAAUGUUGCGUCAUAUUUUGUUGUUGAAAUGUGCAAAGAUGAAAUCGAACAUACUUUUUAUAUAGGCAAUACCGAUAGGCUAUAUAAUAGCCGUUGAAUUGAUUCUUGAAAGUGUUUGUGAUUGGGUUUUUGUGUGUGGAAAGUACAGAGAACAUGAUGGGCUGUUGAGCAGAAAUAUAUUAAUAUUUUGAGCCAAGGCGCUUUUGUAAAAGAACAUAACUACGACAAGCAAAAUAUUAAUUUCAGCCAUGCGCAAGUGCAAAGAUAUUUUAACCAUGUUUUUGUUUUCUUCCAUUUUUUUUACUGUGUGUUCCGAACUCAACUAAGAUGUAAUUAAAUGCGUAUAAUUAUCAUGGAGACCAAUUAUUUCACGAAUUCACAUAGUUUCCUGGAAAUUGUCUAUUUUGUCAAACACAGUGGCGGAUCCAGGGGGGCCCGGGCCCCCCCCCCUUGAGAAA